CUGCACCCGGGACGGGCGCGCCGUCUCGGCCAGGGCCCCCAACGGCAGCUCCAGGGCAGCCAUGCACUUCCCCUUCCUCAGCCUGCUGCCCUGCCCCCCGCGCGCCAGGGGCCCCAACAAGCGCUGCCAGGUGCGCAGCUGCCCCCGCUGCUACGCGGUGCUGCAGGACGUGUGGGCCACCUACUGUGCCUGCCGCAAUGAGCAGUGCAUCACCUCCGUGCAGAGCUUCCUGGGCAGGUACCACCAGGUCUUCGCCACAGCUGGGGAGGCCGAGGGCCCUCCCCGGCCCCCGAGCUCGGCCCAGCCAGGCCUGGCCUCUGGCUGCUACAUCUGCGGUGCCCAGCUGGGCCCCAACAAGGAGUUCCAAGUCAGCGUCAACCCUCCUCCGGGCCGCUUUGGCGAAAAGGACCCCUUUUUCCCCUUCCUCGUGGUGUAUCCGCCGGCCCCGCGGGCCAGGCCGGCCGAUGCCACGGGGACUGUGGCCACCUGCGUGCUGUGCUACCACGACCUCUUGGGCCAGUGGCUGCACCAUGAACGAGGCGGCGCCCAGCAUCCGAGCAGCGCCUGGUCUCGGCAGUACAAGGUGGACACCUUCGCUUGCUUCUUCUGCCGACAAGAGAAGAAACGGCGCCUUGGAUUAAAAGCAGUGCAAGUGGCCAGGCUGCCCGUCUUCUUGGGUUCCUUCCGGGGGCCGGGCAGUUUGCUGGUGGACGACGGCAAGCGGCUGACCAUUGGCGCUUGCCCCGAAUGUGCCGUGCUGGUGCUCGCAGGCAAAUCGGCUGUGGCCAGGGAUCUUUUUGCUCUGCCUGCAACCGCACCGCUCUCUCUCCAAAAGGUGUGUAGGCGAGCGGCAGAGUGUUAUCUGUACUAAAGGAAGCACAUAAGCGCACCACGUU